GUGGAAUUGAAGACGGUAAUGCACUAGCUUGCCGUCGAAAACAAUGGAUAGAUAAAAUUAAACUGAUGAUUAUGAUGAGGGACGAAAUAAACCCAUUGAUUAAAGAAUACAGAAAUGCAGAUGAUCGUGACCUCAUAAAAUUGGCGUAUACGGAGUCCAAGUGA